AUGCAUCGACGUCGACUAGCUUUGGUCUUCGGAAAUGAUGACUACAGUGGUACAGCAAAAUUAAAUAGUUGUGUCAAGGAUGCAAACGAUAUGACAGUUGCAUUAACGAACUUGGGUUUUCAAUGCACGAAACAUCAUAAUUUAAAUAAACGUGCCAUGGAUAUUGCUAUUAGAGAUUUUCGUGCAAAAAUUGGUGAAAAUGACUGUAUUUUAAUAUAUUUUUCUGGACAUGGCAUGGAAGCAAACGUAAGAAUUAUAAAAGAUUUUUCUUAAGGUCAUUGAAAAACGUCAGAAGAGUUAUGAGAAUUUUCCUCAAAAAAGUUCGUUCUGAUGCGAAUGUUAGUAAUUUUCUGAUAUUUUCCCUUGUCAUAUAACAAUAUACAUUGUACCCAGAUAGUUGCGUUUGAUUAGCUAUCUGAAAUAAGUAUUGUAUAGAACUCAUGCUUUGAUAUAAUUUGACAGAACUAUUCUCAACAAUAUUUACACGAUAUUUUUUGAUUCUAUUAUUUGUGAGCCUGAUUUCCAGGAACAAUAGACUUUAAAGAUGACGGCCUUAUCAAUUAUUCUUCGGCAUAGGCUUCAAAGCUCUUGAAUAGAGCAAAAGAUUCUGCAUUCAAAGCUGAAACUCCGGUACUGUCUUUGUAUUCAUAGGAAAAAUAGCUCAAUUUGCAGGAGGUUUCUCUUUUCUUUUGUGUCGAUAUACCGAAACUAAUCUCUUAGCUAACCCUUUACGGCUCUCUUGAAUCAUUAUUUUAUUGUCAUCUACGAUUACUACUGGAUUCGUAGAAGCAAGUAACACAGUAGGAAAAUAAAAUAUUUUUCUAGACUUCACAUAUGGGUUUCGUGGCCGAAAUAAAGCGUUUCAUAGUUAUCUAACUAUCGAUACGUCAGUAUCUAUGGAAAUGAUACUACGAAAGGUUUUUUAAUUAAUCUUUAGAUAAAUAGUAGAAUACUGGUUCUAGUGUAAUUUUCCAAGGCAUCACUCCUGAGCAACGAUGCACUUACAUAUUCGAUUAAAUCAGAUUACAUAAGUAUUUUUAAUCGAACUUUGUGUAGUGGAUUAUGACCUGUUAUAAUAUGUAACACUACUGUUGCCACCCAUGGUGUAAAUUUCUGCGAGAAAAACGCGUUCUGAAAACGCGUUGUCCAUAGCUGCAAAACGCGUUAAUGCUGACCGGUUUGACGCGUUUCACAUCUGCUAAAACAAACGCUGUGUAACGAUUGUUUUUGUGGAAGAUUUUGCAGCGUUUCUCAAACUGUGGUAUCAUAUAUUCUAGAUGGAAAAAAAACUGAAAACCGUCAAUGACUUCAUAGAUCUUGAAUUGCAGGUACAAUUUAUAUACUCGUUUACAUUUUUUCAUAGACCUUCAGAACUAUAACUUACAUGAAUUUUGUUGCAGUCGAGACACGGAUUCGAACACGAGAACAUAGGAGUAUAAGACAUAUAUACAAACCGUUCAACUAAAAUAAUCUGAUGAUAUAAAUGUUUAUUCUACUGUCAUUUAGAGUCUCGCGUAAACUUACUAAAUUAGAUUUUCAGUUUCCAUUCUACUGAAUUGAAAAUUAUUAUUUCUUUGGUGCCCAUGCCCAAUUAAUGUGGUCUUUUCUUGACACAUUUUUUAUUUGAACUCUUUCAGAUUUAAAUGUAGAUACUCAAUAGAACCAAAUUUAAUCGAUUUAAAUUAUAUUUAAUAUUUAAAAAAUUAAAUUUCUUAUAUAUAAGUUUUAAAAAAUUUAAAAUUUAAUCUUUUAUUUAUUUUCUUGAUUUAAUAGAUUUUUGUAAAUGUAAAUCUGCCAUUGUUUUCUCCAAUUACUUCAAUAAAUGAAGGGAGUUUUCUUUUGUAAGUUGAAUUUCUUGUAUUAAAAAGUCACUCUUACUUCAACAAUGUACAAACUAAAAUCAUGUUUACUAGUAUUGUACACAGUAUCAUUAUUCAUUAUCAAUUCGUUCGAGUAUGAACUCAAACUAAUAAUUAUUCAAAUUAUAGAGAACGCGAUACCUCUUUUGUUCACAAAUAACCAAAGAGAGUUACUAUACUAAUUAUAUUAGUAUCAGUCUUUACUAAAUUUUUUCGAAAUGCUCAAUAUUUAAAACGACCUGUCCACGUAAAACAUGAUUCCGUCACGCUUUAUUUGUUUUAUUUCAUACAAAUGACUCGAUCUCUAGAAUCCAAUGCAUUUGCAAUCUUGGACAAAAAGUUGUGCUUGUCAAAAUGAGACACUACAAAUUUGUCUGUAACUUUUCAUUCAUUACAAACGAGCGUGACGGAAUCAUCUCCCUCCGUGGACAAGUCGAAAACAAUUCUUAAGCAAGCCUUAUGAAACACGUUUUCUUUCAAUAAAAACGUGGUGAAAUGAGUUUUUAAGUAAGAAGAAUAUAUUUUUUGUUACACUUUGAUGUUUUACAUUAGUCUAACUUCGAAAUAACUCUAGAUAACAGCCUAGCAGCCUAAAAAUUUAGAAGACUUUGAUUUUAGUCUUGCCUUCAUAAAAUCCUUGGUCAUGAUUUUCACGUAAAAAUAGUGCAAGGAGCAAAACUUUAAGUGCUAUUUCAUAUCAUUUCCAAAGUAAUUUUAAAGAACUUACUUUGGUUAACUCAUAUGCUUUGUGUUGGUGAAUAUCUGCAAGAUUCUGUAUGCAGAACGGAUAUAUUUUGCAUCAUUCCAAGCAAAAACAAUCCAAUAUAUAUUUGAAAAAGGAACGCGUUCCACCUUUCCCUCAAUUUGUACCUGUGAAACGCGUCGCCUGUCGACCAAAGUGCGUUCGGCAGCAUUUGAAUUCGGAAACGCCUCGAAACGCAAUCUUGAAAAAAGCGUUUCGGAUCGUUUCAAAAAACGACGGUGGCAAAACGCAUUUUAUGUAAGUAAGAAUGCUGCGAAACGCGUCCCAUAUUGAAAAAACGUUGCGAAACGCAUGCUACAAUCUCGAAAACGCGUUACGCGGUCCGUUUCCUUCAAUAUUUUACUCCAUGGGCAUCAAACUCGACUCUGUGUAAUUUGUACUUCAUCUUUAGCAGCAAAAAAAAUCUUUUGAGUUUAGAUCUGAGGAGUAUGUUAUUUUCGUAUAUGAUUUGAUAUGAUUUUCUGCAAAUAACUGGUAGCUAGUCGACAUUUUAUUCGAAAAAACUGAGAGCGUAAAGACUGAGGUUUUAUUACGCCAUUAUACAUUGUUGAUAGUUUCUGCUAAGUAAGAUAUUGACAAGUUGACUUCUGAUUAAGCGAUCUUAAUAGUAUAAACUUGUUAAACUGAGGUUCUUGUAAAAAAUUGACAAGAUUUCUUAUUCUUGCUCUCUAGUUUUGAUGAGUCUUCGUCAUUCUUAGAUCCCACCACGUGGUCACGACUUUUAGAUACACUAUUAUAUUUUAAUCUUGAUGAUAAAAAUAUAAUUUACCAUUAGUGAUAAUGCAAUAUUAAAGAUUGAAUCAUUGCUUCCGAGUUUCCGCAACAAACAACAUAAUUGAAUGGAAAAUCCGUUUCAAUGAUCAAUUAGCUAAAGAUUAACCGAUGGAUCACAAUAUUCUAUAGAAAAUUAAAUUGACAAAAUCAAUUGAAAUAACUGAUGACGAAAUUAUGCUCAAAGUGUUUUCUAUUCAUAUAUAUGCUCCAUGAGAAUAAUUUUCAAUUAGUGCUGGAGUAGCAUUAAUAGGUUCAUCGAUUACAUUGUUGAAAAACAAUCUGAAUGAAUUGCUUCUGUGUACUUAAGUGGCAUGACUUUUUCAGUACAUUAAGCGAAUUUAUCUGUCAUGUAAAAUUAUUCUUGCACUUGUUUUUAUGAGAAAUCAAAAGCGAUAUGAAAAAAGAUUUUGUCAUGAGUCCGAAAGAAAAUAAGAAGUAAAACAAUUGGCAAAGCUUCGAAGUCCACAAAUGAGUACCCAGUGAUUAAUAAGUCUAAGGGGUUAAUAUAGAACAGUUUCACUCAAAUUAUAAGUUUUGGAAGAGCUUAGCUAAAGAACCUUUUUAGUACUCUUUGAGUAUACGUAUAUAUCGGUGAAUCGUAUUCCCAUUUUGUCGUUAUAUGUCAGUGCGUAUUUUGAUAAUAUCUUCUGUUUCUUUUACUUAAUAAGUCGAAAAAACAAACAAAACAUGACUCUAACUACAGUCGAAAAGGCCAGACGUUACGCUAGUAAAGGCAUUUACUUCUCUCUUUCCCUUACAUUCUGAUCAACAGCAGUUAGAGCUAGGGCUGUACAGCUCACGCUCAUAUGAGCGCUCAUGAGCGUGAGCGUUUUCUGACUUAAAGAAAGUACGAGCGUCUCUGAUCACUUUUUUCGACUUUGUUCCUCGAAAAUCAAUAUUCAUGAUUUUUGUGCCUGGGGUCCCCCUCAGGUAUCAUGAAAAAAAAAUUUUUUUUUUUCACGAGUCAAAAUCAGAUGUAACAGUAGAUUGAGAGAUGCUGGUUAAGAAUAUCACAAUGAGAGCUCUCAAAAUCUUUUUAUUCUUGGAAUAGUCCUAACCACUCUAUGCACCAUAUUCUUCAUUAUUAGGGUACUCAUAGAAUAUUUAUUCACUUAAAUUUAGCCAGAAAC